CUUCUUCAUCCUCCCGCGCGAGGAUGUGCGCGCAGCAGCGCGGCAGGCUCACAAGUUGAGGAGGUUCGGCGGCUCCGGACGGCGUCGUCAUCACGUCGCGGUCCGCACACGCUCCCGCUCGCCCGCCCGCCCGCCGCUGGCGCCGAACGCGCUCACUCGUCUCGGGGUGAUUGUUCGGUUCCGAUCGAAGCUUCCUGCGUGACAGAUUUCCCGGCCCUUUUUUUCUUUUCUGAUUUUUUUUUCCCUCCCCCGACCGUCGGAGGACUUGAGCAGAAGACGAACGUCGACUCAGCAAAGUCAGGGAACCCUUUGGCUUCCGAUCAUCAAUUAGCGCCGACAAAAAUAUGUUUGAGGAUUUUUCUUUUUUUAAAGUUGCCAGCUGUCUGCUCAUGCCAUUUACUUUGAAUCAUCUCUUUGGAAGCACGUGACUAUGCGCUGCGGGUCGUUUGCAUUUGGGAGGCUCAUUUGCAUAUUCGUGUAUUUUCAGAUUUAAACACUCAUUGAAGCUCAAGUAGCCUCGAAGCUAGACUUACUCCACUUCUUGUUUUGUGGCCACUUACUCCAAUGUCAUCGGGACCAUCGCCGGCGACAAAGUUCGGCUCGCGGGCCUGAGCGACCCGACGGCGGGCGUCGCGCGCAACGGGCGCGGGAUGUCCGAGCAGUGGCCGACGUCCGCGGGCGGCGGGCGCCCGCGCGCGGAGCGCUCGGCGAACGUCCGCCGCCGACUGGCGGCGGCGGCCUUCGCCUUAUCCCUCCUGACGCUCGUCGCGGUCACCGCCGUGGCCGUGGCGCUGGGCGUCCGUUUCGAGGAGUGCGGGGGACCCGAGGAGGAGGAGGCGCCGGCGCCAGGACAGAGGGGCGCCGACCGGGCGAGCGGCGAAAGAGGGGAUCGGGCGACCGCCGCCGAGGAGGACGAAGAGGGGUCGCGACCCUGGCUGAGGAGCCGACUGCCGGGCUCGUUGCGUCCGCGCCACUACGACCUUAACGUGGCCGUCUACAUGGACAACUUCACCUUCUCGGGAGACGUCAGCAUCGACUUGGAGUGCGUCAACGCCACCAGAUUUGUGGUGCUGCACGCCGACAGACUCGAGGUGUCGAGCGUGUCGCUGACGGGCGGUCGUCCGGGGAGUGGAUCCAUCCACGUGCAGCGCCACUUCCUGUUCCCGGCCAACCAGAUGCUGGUGUUGGUCCUGCACCGAGAACUCACAGCCUCGCAGACGUACCGCCUCAACGUCACCUUCGACGCCGCCAUCGAGGACGAGCUGCUGGGCUUCUUCAGGAGCUCCUACGCGCUCUACGGCGAAAGACGGUACCUGGCAGUGACCCAGUUCAGCCCGACGCACGCCCGCAAAGCCUUCCCGUGCUUCGACGAGCCGGCGUUCAAGGCCACCUUCUCCUUGAGCCUGCGUCACGACCCGCAGUACGCGUCCCUGGCCAACAUGCCGCCGCUGGCCACCGAGGAGGACGAGGACGGCUGGACGCGCCGGCGCUUCGCGCGCACGCCGCGCAUGUCCACGUACUACUUGGCCUGGGCCGUCUGCAACUUCACGUAUCGAGAGACGCGCAGCGACGGCGGGGUGGCGAUCCGGUUGUACGCCCGACCGGACGCCAUCGCGAGCGGCGCGGGCGACUACUCGCUCCGCAUCACCGAGCGUCUUCUGGGCUUCUACCAGGACGUCUUCCGAGUGGGCUACUCGCUGCCCAAGUUGGACCUGCUGGCGGUGCCCAAGCACCCCUAUGCCGCCAUGGAGAACUGGGGCCUGAGCGUCUUUGUGGAGCAGAAGAUCCUGCUGGACGCCAGGGUGUCCUCGUCCUCCUACCAGAUGGAGCUGACCAUGGUGGUGGUCCACGAGAUCUGCCACCAGUGGUUCGGUGACCUGGUGACGCCGGUGUGGUGGGAGGACGUGUGGCUGAAGGAAGGCUUCGCUCACUACUUUGAGUACGUGGGCACCGAUUUCCUUUUCCCCAAGUGGAACAUGGAGAAGCAACGAUUUCUGACCGACGUCCUCCACGAGGUCAUGUUGCUGGACGGCCUGAGUUCCUCGCACCCAAUCUCGCAGGAAGUGCGGGACGCCGCCGACAUCGACCGCGUUUUCGACUGGAUCGCCUACAAAAAAGGGGCGGCGCUGAUCCGGAUGCUGGCCAACGUGAUGGGACAGACACUCUUCCGCAAAGGACUUCACGAUUAUCUGCAGAGUCACAUGUACGGCAACGCGGCACGCGACGACCUGUGGAGGAAACUGUCUCAGGCCAUGAGGUCAGAGGGGCGGGACAUUGAUAUCGGCGCCGUGAUGGACGGGUGGACUCUGCAAAUGGGCUACCCGGUUAUCACCAUCGGCAAGAACCAAUCGGAGCGGCUCGGCGCGCGUUACGUCACCGUCAACCAGGAGCACUUCCUGUAUGUCCAAGAAGGGCGGGCCAACAGCAGUCUACAGUGGCAGGUGCCGUUGACGGUGGCUGUGGGAAACGGCUCUCGGGUGUGUUCGGAGACGCUCAUCUGGAUCCGCAACAAGACCGAAACCCACACGAUGAGCGAGAUGAGCGACAAGACCUGGUUGCUAGGCAACAUCAACCAGACGGGAUACUUCCGCGUCAACUACGACCUCCAGAACUGGAAGUUGCUGAUUCAGCAGCUGCACGCCGACCCUCAGGUCAUCUCCGUCGGCAACCGCGCGGGACUCAUCGAUGAUGCUUUCAACCUGGCCAGGGCCGGUUACCUUCCCCAAGGCGUGGCGCUGCAGCUGCUAGGCUACCUGCCCGAGGAGACCUCCUUCCUGCCCUGGCACGCCGCCAGCCGGGCGCUCUACCAGCUGGACAAGCUGCUGGAUCGCACCGACGACUACAAGCUCUUCGGCGAUUACGUGCUGAAGCAAGUGGCCGCGCGCUACCAUCAGAUGGGCUGGCCUACCGACGCGGAGAACGGCGAGACCUCCGUCCUGCGGGCGUCCUACCAGACCGAGGAGCUGCGGCGGGAGCUCAUCAUGUUGGCCUGUAGCUUCGGAAACAAGCACUGCCACCGCCAGGCCGUCGCUCACAUCUCCGACUGGAUCUCCAGCAACAAGAACGGGAUCCCUCCCAACGUUCGAGACGUGGUCUACUGCACGGGCGUCAGUCUGAUGGACGAGGACGUCUGGGAGUUCAUCUGGAUGAAGUUCCACUCGUCCAACGCCGUCUCCGAGAAGAAGAUCCUGUUGGAGGCGCUCACGUGCUCGGACGACGCCUUCCUGCUCAACAGGUUGCUGAACUUGUCGCUGACGUCGGAUCUGGUGGCCGAGCAGGACGCCAUCGACGUGAUCAUCCACGUGGGCCGCAACCCCCGAGGCCGCAACCUGGCGUGGAGGUUCUUCCGCCAAAAGUGGGACGUCCUCAACGCGCGGUACGGCGAGGCGCUCUUCAUGAGUUCCAAGCUGAUCGGCGGCGUGACCGAGUUCCUGGACACGGAGAAAGAGCUGGACGAGCUCAAGCACUUUAUCCAAUCGAGCGGCGUGGUAACGGGGCCCGCGUUGGCACGGGCGCUGGAGAUGGUGAAGGGCAACGUUCGCUGGCACCGGCUCCACCGCCGACACCUCUACCAAUGGUUGCGCAAAGCUCCCGCUCACGGCUAACGCUAGCCGCCGGUUUAAAUUGUUUGUGAACGAGCGGUCGCGACCGUUUGUCGGUCGGGCCGAGAAGGGCCAGCCCCGGAGCCUGUCGAGAUGAAAAGCAUGUGUUUUAACCCCUUAAUGUCAACGUUAUUUAUUGAUUUUUUUCUUAAAUGGUGCGCUUGCACAAAAAAAAACAAAAAAAUCCAAGAACCCAAAGCCGGUCCACCCGGUCUCUCCCCGUUGAUCCCAUCGAGGCCUCCUUUACGUUGGAAGGGUAAAGGAAAAAAGGUCCUGGUCGCCGUGGUAACAGCUCCACCGGCGCCACUUUGUUUUGGAUCAAAAGGGGAUCUCCGUGGGCGCGCACCCGGACCAGAACUAAUGACAAACUCUGUCAGUUUGGAAGUGGAUGGAAACUGGAUCCAAACCAGGAAGAAACUGGAAACGUUCGGAUACAAAGCGGUGUGGAACUGGACCGCAAUGGAUUAAAAACAGGGUUGAAAAUGGUUUGGUGAAAUCGGGAUCGCGACCGACGAGUCAUCGGAACUGAGUUCCAAACCGGUCGGAAUAUGGCACGCAUCACAAACGGGACCCAACCCAAAUCGACCCCCAAGUGUUUUGGAGGUGGCUGAAAACGAACGAGUUGAACUGCUUUGAAACUGGAGUGUCGUUGAGCCCUUUAUUCUUCAUCCAAAUGCGUGUAAACAAUUGAGCCAUACUCAAGUACUUACGACUUUGCCUGCUUCCGUCCACCUGACUUGUCUGCCAAAUUAGCCUUGUUGUCGUCAUUAUUUUACAGAGGUAUUUCCAAACUAAAAGCACACGUAACUAAAAAAAAUUGUACAUCAAGUGUCAAUUGAAAUGGAGGCAGGAGCAGACGCCCUGCUUUCCUAUCUCCUGAUUGGACGACAAUAAAGGAAGCUGUUGACAUGC